AUGCCGCCUCCGCCACCUUUGAGACAGAUUGAUUUAGACCAGAUAUGGGGCGACCUCCGCGAAGGCAUAGAACAAGUUUACAAACGGCAACAGAUGUCGAAACUGAGAUACAUGGACUUAUAUACGCACGUAUAUAAUUAUUGCACAUCAGUUCAUCAACAGAGCGGGUCUAGCAGUAAAACAGGCUACCCUAGACCUAGUGGUACGGGUCUGAAAAAACAGAACCAAGUUCCUGGCGGAGCACAGCUGGUCGGCCUAGAACUGUACAAGAGGCUAAGGGAAUUCCUAAGAUUGUAUCUUAUCAAUUUAUUAAAGAAUGGCGCCGACCUGAUGGGCGAGGAUGUGCUGGCGUUCUACACGAAGCAAUGGGAGGAGUACCAGUUCUCAUCGCGAGUACUCAACGGCGUGUGCUCCUACCUCAACAGGCAUUGGGUGAAGCGGGAGUGCGAGGAGGGUAGGAAGGGUAUAUACGAAAUAUAUCAGCUCGCGCUAGUGACGUGGCGCGACAACUUAUUCAAGUGCCUCAACAAACAAGUGACGAAUGCUGUACUCAAAUUGAUAGAACGCGAGCGGAAUGGGGAGACGAUCAACACUAGGCUAGUGUCCGGGGUCAUCAACUGCUACGUGGCCCUGGGACUAAACGAGGAGGAGCCGUCUGCCCGGGGGCAGAACCUGGUCGUGUACAAGGACACCUUCGAGGUGAUAUUCCUCGAGGACACGGAGAGGUUCUACACCAGAGAGAGUACGGACUUCCUCAGGAAUAACCCCGUCACAGAGUACAUGAUUAAGGCAGAACAGAGGCUGCAGGAGGAGCAACGACGCGUCCAGGUGUACCUCCACGAGACGACCAUGGAACGCCUGGCGAAGACCUGCGACCGAGUGCUCAUCGAGAAACACCUCGAGAUAUUCCACUCCGAGUUCCAGAAACUACUAGACGCCGACAAGAACGCCCACCUGGGAAGGAUGUACAGCUUGGUGGCUCGUAUCCCGGAUGGAUUGGUGGAGCUACGUCGUCUGCUAGAGCAGCACAUACACGCCCAGGGACUGCAGGCGAUUGACAAGUGCGGCGAGAGCGCGCACACGGAUCCGAAGAUCUACGUCUCCACAAUACUGGAAGUGCACAAGAAGUACAACGCGCUGGUUCUAGUCGCUUUCAACAACGACUCGGGCUUCGUCGCCGCCCUCGACAAGGCUUGCGGACGGUUUAUCAACAGCAAUUCAGUGACAAAGGCAGCCAACUCAUCGUCGAAGAGCCCCGAGCUGCUCGCCAAGUACUGCGACCUGCUGCUGAAAAAGUCCAGCAAGAACCCGGAGGAGGCGGAACUCGAAGAUACCCUCAAUCAAGUGAUGGUGGUAUUUAAAUACAUCGAAGACAAGGACGUGUUCCAGAAAUUCUACAGCAAAAUGCUUGCCAAGCGGUUAGUGCAGCACAUGUCAGCGAGUGACGACGCUGAGGCCUCAAUGAUCUCAAAGUUGAAACAAGCUUGCGGCUUCGAAUACACGAGCAAGCUGCAGAGGAUGUUCCAGGACAUUGGUGUAUCGAAAGACCUGAACGAGAACUUCCGCAAGCACAUAGCGAACAGCAGCGAGGUGCCCCUCCACAUCGACUUCAGUAUACAAGUGCUGUCUUCCGGCUCUUGGCCCUUCCAGCAGUCCACGUCCUUCCAGCUGCCCACGGAGUUGGAGCGAUCCGUGCACCGCUUCACGACAUUCUACUCGUCUCAGCAUUCCGGCAGGAAACUGAACUGGCUCUAUAACAUGAGUAAGGGAGAGCUCGUCACCAAUUGCUUCAAGAACAGAUACACCUUACAAGCGAGUACGUUCCAGAUGGCCGUGCUAUUGCAGUACAACGACAACACCGCGUGGACGGUGAAGCAGCUGGAACACCAUACCGGUAUCAAAGGGGACUUCCUAAUACAGGUGCUACAGAUCUUGCUGAAGGCGAAGCUGCUCGUCUGCCAAGAUGACGAGGCAGAACUCAGCGAGUCGUCUGUUGUUGAACUUUAUUUAGGUUAUAAGAACAAAAAACUACGCGUGAAUAUAAAUAUUCCGCUGAAGACAGAACUGAAGGUGGAACAGGAGGCGACGCACAAGCACAUCGAAGAGGACCGCAAGAUGCUAAUACAGGCAGCGAUCGUGCGCAUAAUGAAGACGCGCAAAAAGCUAAAACACCAGCACUUGGUAGUCGAAGUCCUCAACCAGCUGUCGUCUAGGUUCAAGCCGCGCGUGCCUGUUAUUAAGAAAUGUAUCGACAUCCUGAUAGAGAAGGAGUACCUUGAGCGCACCGAGGGAGAGAAAGACACGUACAGCUACCUGGCGUGA